UCACCCGUUUCUCUCUCUCUCCUUUAAAUAAAACCCUAACUUUCUUCACCACUCUCACUCACACUCUCUCUCUUUCUAUUCUCUAUUAUCAUCUUCACCAAACGCAAACACUCUCAGCCUCACAUUUCUCAUUUCUUCACCAUGGCCAAAAUUAAGAUCGGAAUCAACGGAUUCGGAAGAAUCGGACGUUUGGUCGCAAGAGUGAUCCUCCAGAGGGACGAUGUUGAGCUUGUCGCUGUCAACGAUCCUUUCAUCACCACCGAUUACAUGACAUACAUGUUUAAGUACGACAGUGUUCACGGUCAAUGGAAGCAUCAUGAACUUAAGGUAAAGGAUGAGAAGACUCUUCUCUUCGGUGAGAAGCCCGUCUCCGUCUUCGGUUGCAGAAACCCAGAGGAGAUCCCAUGGAGUCAGACUGGUGCUGAUUUCGUCGUAGAGUCCACUGGUGUCUUCACCGACAAAGACAAGGCUGCUGCCCACUUGAAGGGUGGUGCCAAGAAGGUUGUCAUUUCAGCUCCUAGCAAGGAUGCCCCUAUGUUUGUUGUUGGUGUCAACGAGCACGAAUACAAGUCAGACCUUCACAUUGUUUCCAAUGCCAGUUGUACCACCAAUUGUCUUGCUCCCUUGGCCAAGGUUAUCAACGACAAGUUUGGCAUUGUUGAGGGUCUUAUGACAACUGUUCACUCCAUCACGGCUACCCAAAAGACCGUUGAUGGUCCAUCAGCUAAGGACUGGAGAGGUGGAAGGGCUGCAUCAUUUAACAUCAUUCCCAGCAGCACCGGAGCAGCUAAGGCUGUUGGAAAGGUUCUGCCAGCUCUGAAUGGGAAGCUGACAGGAAUGGCUUUCCGUGUUCCAACUGUUGAUGUUUCUGUUGUUGACCUUACUGUCAGACUUGAGAAGGCUGCUACCUAUGAGGACAUUAAAGCUGCCAUCAAGGCGGAAUCAGAAGGCAAAAUGAAGGGAAUUUUGGGAUACACUGAAGAUGAUGUUGUUUCCACCGACUUUAUUGGUGACAACAGGUCAAGCAUUUUUGAUGCCAAAGCUGGUAUUGCUUUGAACGACCACUUCGCAAAGCUCGUGUCUUGGUAUGACAACGAAUGGGGUUACAGUUCCCGUGUGGUUGACUUGAUUGUCCACAUGUCAAAGACAGAGUAAGCUGUUUGUUCAAGUUGCUCUCGGCGUGCAUUCAUUCAGCGUUAAUCCUCUGUUGUCAAGAUAUAGUUCAUUUAGAAUAAAGCGGGAUUUUGUGGAAUUAAACUUUCGGAGGUUUUGUUUAGUUUCUUAAGUGUUGGCAAUUUGGGUUGUGUCCCUUGAUGUUUUGUCAUUAAUCAGCUAUUGUUUCUGGCCUAUAAUGGAGUUAUCAAACGAUGUUUUGCUUUGCAUAAUACAUAGCUGCAGUUUUUCGA